AUGAGAGAGGAUCCGUCAAGCUGUGGUGAAUACCCAGAGGGAGGGGUGGUGUCCAGCGAGGAGGAGCCAGACUGCGCUCCAAACAAAUGCCCUGUGGUGGUGGUAACACCAGGGGCUGGCGGGCGCAAAAGGGUCACCAGGAAAGACAACAUUUCAUCGCCAACAGAGGACAACAAGUCAACAACAGGAGUGCCCCCCAGUCUGAUCCCAUCAGGACCCAAGAGGCCUAAGAAGAGUCCCCAGCCCUCCCUGUCUCCUCUCCCCAUCCCAGGCCAGCCCCUGGAGGACCCUCAGCACCAGCGGGUGGUCGCCAAUGUACGGGAGCGCCAACGGACGCAGUCCCUGAACGACGCCUUUGCCUCGCUUCGUAAGAUAAUCCCCACGCUGCCGUCAGACAAGCUGAGCAAGAUCCAGAUCCUGAAACUGGCCUCGCGCUACAUUGACUUCCUCUACCAAGUCCUGCAGAGUGAUGAGAUGGACGCCAAGCUGGCCAGCUGUAACUACCUAGCCCACGAGAGACUCAGCUAUGCAUUCUCAGUGUGGAGGAUGGAGGGGGCCUGGUCCAUGUCCGCUACCCACUAG